UCGAUGUGACCUUAUCAGUCAGCUGGUGUGUCUAAUUGAGUAAGCAUGGAAUUGCUAUAGGGAUUAUUGAUUAGAAAAUAAAAAAAAUCUUCAACAUGAAUCGUUAUCGGCGAGUUUUUAGAGUCUCGUGGCUAAGGAGAUGUUUCUCAACCAACGGAGAUAAAAAUAUAGAAAACAUUCGUAACAUUGGUAUCUUGGCUCACAUAGAUGCAGGGAAGACUACGACUACGGAGAGGAUGCUAUUCUUCUCCGGGACUAUAAGAGCCAUGGGGGAAGUGCACCAUGGCAAUACUGUAACGGAUUAUAUGGAACAGGAGCGGCAACGGGGAAUCACUAUUACAUCUGCGGCAGUGUCAUUCCCUUGGCGUGGCAGUCAGAUCAACCUCAUAGAUACUCCAGGCCACAUUGACUUUACCAUGGAGGUAGAGCAGAGUCUCGCUGUGCUGGAUGGAGCUGUUGUUGUGUUGGAUGCUUCUGCUGGUGUGGAAGCUCAAACCCUGACAGUAUGGAAGCAAGCCAGCGGCUACAGAGUGCCUCGGAUCCUGUACCUGAACAAGAUGGACCGAGGUGACGCCAGUGCUGAGGAGUGUGCGCGCUCUGUGAAAGAGAAGUUGCACGCCCAGCCCCUGCUGCUGCAUACUGAUGUCAGGCUGGAAGGUCGACUUAUAGGUCUGAUAGAUCUGAUAACCUUGGAAGAGGUGAUAUGGACGCAGGGUCGAGGGCAGACGCUGGUGCGACGCAAGCUGACGGAGAAGGCAGACGGCCACAAAUGGGAGGCCGCCAUGUCCGAGCACAAGGAACUGGUGGACACACUCUCCAGCUUAGAUGACCAGCUUGCUGAGACUAUUAUACAGCAGGAAACCUUAGAAAUCAACAGCAAGGAGAUAGAAGAAGCUAUAAGAAGGUGUACCCUCUCAAUGAAAGGCUUCCCCAUCCUCUGCGGCAGUUCCUACAAGAACAUAGGAGUCCAGACCUUGAUGGACGGCAUCAUCUCCUACCUUCCAAGUCCUAAUGAAGGUCACAAGCUGUACCGGAGCUUCGGAACUGAUCUGGCUGCCCGAGCGUUCAAGGUACAGCAUGAUGAUCAGCGAGGAGUGCUCACCUUCCUCCGCCUUUAUAGCGGAGAGAUCAGCAAGGGACAGAAGAUUUAUAAUCUGGCCCGGGAUAAAAAUGAGCAGGCGGGGGCGCUGUACGUGGCUCUUGCAGACGAAUACCGGCCAGUAGAGAAGGUGACGGCGGGGAACAUUGCUGUUGUCAGCUCACUCAAGGCUACGAUGACGGGGGACCUCGUAACAUCAACACAAGCUGCUGCCUCCCGGGCCCAGACCCAGCUGUCCCAGCAGCUGCAGGAGGCCGGCGACCAGCUCCAGGACCUGGUGCUGCCCAGCGCGCGACAGAAGCUCCAGCUCAUGGACACACAGCCCUCUAAUGAUGAACUUGCUGAACUGUUACUGGGAAUCGGUACGUCAGUCCCGGAGCCAGUGUUCCUGUGCUCCAUCGAGCCGCCCAGCGUGGCGCACCAGUCGGCGCUGGACGUGGCGCUGCAGCAGCUGCAGCGGGAGGACCCCAGUCUGCGCGUACACACCGACCCCGACAGUGGCCAGACUGUACUCGCAGGUAUGGGAGAACUCCACUUAGAAAUAAUAAAGGAACGCAUUAUUCGCGAGUACAAGAUCGAGGUAGAACUGGGUCCCCUGCAGAUAGCAUACAGGGAAACCCUGCAGGGCUCCGCGCGCCACACCCUGGCCGUGGACCGCAAGAUAGGGGGCUCCCGGCAGACCUGUAAGGUCACAAUGUCCGCUAAACCUGUGAAGGGUAUCGCGGCUGAGAAGAUUUUGAAACUGGACAAGAGCGGUGACAGCGCGGCCAAUCUGUCCCACUUACACCCGCGACACAUGCAGGCCAUCAGGCAGGGGGUCAGCACAGCUCUCAUGCACGGAGCCAAGCUCGGGUGCCCUGUAGUGGACGUGCAAGUGACUCUGCACUGGUUCGAGCUCGGGCGAGGCACGUCCGACUCUGUUAUCACUGCCACCGUCGCGCAGUGCCUUCGGAAGGUAUUCGAGGAAGCUGACCCAUUACUCCUGGAGCCGCUGAUGUACCUGGAGGUGGUGUGCCCAGAGAGCCACUCCGCCAGGGUACUGGCUGACUUGGCGCGUCGGCGCACGCAGAUACAGCAUAUACACGUCCGACACCAGAAUAAGGUGGUCGAGUGCUUGGCACCACUUUCGGAACUGCUGGGCUACUCCACCAGCCUGCGAUCCCUCAGCUCCGGACUGGCCACCUUCACCAUGGAAUUCCACUCCCACAGUCAAAUGUCGCCAAUCGACGAGGAGAAAGCUAUCAGAGCCAUCACAGGGUUUUAAACCACUUGUGAGACAAAGUCUAUACUUUUAGACUAUCCUGGAUUAAGACAAAUCUUAAUAUAAUAACAAGGAAGAUAUUAAAACUAUUUUAGCUAUUUAUUGGUAGAUGGUUGUAACCCAACCAGAAAUCUGGCUAAAACAGGCAAGGUAAGGAAAAUGAAACACAGAUGGCGCUACAGUCGGUUAAAGGAAUCGUUAAAGGAAUAUUUGAUUUUUGAUUAAUGUUUAGGUACAAUAGUAGUAGGUAAUAUUAAAAACGUUAAGAAGAAAUAUGAACACUGUCUGUAAACUGUUUGAUUUCUAUCCUUAAUUAAAAAAAUAGUUUUUAAUGGUAACACCCUAAUUAUGUGGUUCUCACUAUAGGAGUACAUCUGCAAAAAUCUUCGGGAGUUUAAAAGGGUAACACUACUUAACAUACGAAGGGACAAGAAAAAAAAUAAACCGUUUUGUCUUCGAUGAUCACUUUCCCUUAAAAUAUAGAUUUACCAUUUUACGCUUGUUAUGGAGUCUUGGCGUUAACAUGAUACGACCCCUGUGGGGUCUUAGAUAGGAAUAUAUUUGUUGAAAAAUAAAUAAAUAAAUAAAGAUUGGACGAUUGAUAAAGCCGAAUAACUUGGACGAAUGUUCUGAAAGUUUUUUAAACUUUCGUAAUGGAUUUGUUGUUGUCAGGUAUUAUUUUUGUGUACCUAGUGAAUAAUCGUAUCAUAUUAAAAUGGUCUUUUAAAUUCUAAUCAACCAUUUCAUGACUUGUUUGUAAAUGCUAAAUUUGUAAAAACUCGGAAGGCUAGUGCGAUGGUAUAGUAAUAAUUAAUAUUAUAGAUAGAAUGACUAUACCAAAGACUUGAUUAUUGAAACGAGUACCUACACUAUCCAUGUAAUUUUGUAUCAAACAAAAGUUCAGAAUUUGGUCUUUAUUAUUUUGUUGAAUGCAAAAAACUACAAAAUAUUAUUAAGUUUCAAAUCGAAUCAUGUUUCAAAUUUGUCGAUAGUACAUUCGUUGUAAAAAAGUGUAAAUAAAACUACGUGAGAUAGUAA